GGGAUGAGGUGAUCCGGGAUGAGGUUUUGUUGGCUAGGAACGCCAACAAAACCAUUUUGAAUCUCUUUCUGCCACUUACCACACAUUACUGGAGACUUUACCCCUUGCGCCAGCUCUCCACUACCUGCGUUGCAGUUGCUGAGUUUCUCUCAGCUCUUUUUUUAUCCAGGAGGUAUCAGGCCUUUAAAAAGUUCAGAGAGAAGAAAUGAGACUGAAACUUCUGCACCUUCAGAUGAGAUCUUUCCACGCUUUAACAACAAUAUGCCAAUCCCAAAGCUUUAACAAAACUGGAUGUCUGCUAUUAAAGCUGGAUAAUGGAGUUGAAAGAGCAGCUCACAGAACAGCAAAGUCUUGGGAUUUGUGUGCACUGAAACCUUCAUUCCCUUGGUUGACAAGUCAAUGUGUGCAACUCAGGAAUCAGCAUUUUCUCCAAGGAUUUCUGUCCACUUUGGAAAGAAAUGUUUAUUAUCAGCGUGGGGAGGGUUUUUUCUCAUCCUGGAGACGUUUGGGGGCGACAGUGAUGGAAAACUACAGGCUCAAUACAGAGUGGAUCAAAAAGCUUAGGAACACGUCAUCAAGAUUUUAUGCAGUUGUAUCAGCUGGUAAAACUGUCCCCAAGGCCAGUAACCAGCCAGUGAAGAGGCCACCAAAGGCACCGAGGACCAAGCAGCCAUCCAGAGCGAACCUGCCACUCUCUGACAUGGAGAAUCUGAUGCAGUGCACAGCCUUUGCAACAGCAGAUGAAUAUCAUCUUGGUAAUCUGUGUCAUGACCUGACUUCACAUGGAUAUGUUGAAAUAACAAGUUUGCCUAGAGAUGCUGCAAAUGUUUUGGUGGUCAGUACUGAGAAAUCUGCAAAAGAAGAUGAUCCUGGCAUGAUUUUUUUCUUCAGGGAAGGGGCUGUUGUAUUUUGGAAUGUGGAAGAGAAAAGUAUGAAGAAUAUCAUGCGAGUGCUAGAGCAGCAUGAAAUUCAGCCAUACGAAGUUGCACUGGUCCAUUGGGAGAAUGAAGAGCUGAACUAUAGAAUAGGAGAAGGUCAGUCAAAGCUCCAUAAAGGACAAAUCUUGUUAAAUUCUGAGCUGGAUAGUGAUGAAGUUGUUCUGCAGAAAUUUGCCUUUUCAAAUGCUCUUUGUCUUUCUGUGAAGCUAGCUAUUUGGGAAUCAUUACUGGAUAACUUUGUGGAAUCUAUCCAGUCAAUUCCUGAGAUUCUAAAGUCACGAAGGAAGGUAAAACUCUCUCAUGCAGAUGUGAUGCAGAAAAUUGGAGAACUCUUUGCACUAAGACACCGUAUAAAUCUGAGCUCAGACCUGCUAAUAACACCAGACUUCUACUGGGAUAGAGAAAAACUGGAAGAGCUUUAUGACAAGACUUGCCAGUUUCUCAACAUUAAUCGCAGAGUUAAGGUAAUGAAUGAAAAGCUCCAGCACUGCAUGGAGCUGACAGACCUAAUGCGAAAUCACCUGAAUGAAAAGCACGCGCUGCGCCUUGAGUGGAUGAUAGUAAUACUGAUCACCAUAGAGGUUGGUGGGCCUUUCUUCAGUAUUAAGGACAUAAUAACAAGUGCAAUUUCUAUACUUCAUACUUUGAGAAAUAAGAUUACUGUAUUAAUGUAAUGUACACAGGGAUUAGUAUUUGUUCUUUGCAGCUUUCAAAUUGCAGCUACAGUUACUUUUCAGAUUAUCUGAUUUAUAGCGUAAAGUGGUUUAAAGGUUUUAAAAUAAAAAUUCACACCAA